UUGUAUAGGUGUGUAAUCGUAGUAUCGGCUGAUCGUCUUUUGGGUAUUAAAUAUCCGUUGUAUGUUCGAGCCGAAUGGGAUUGGUAUGUAUUUCCGGGAAUUGUUGGCGGUAUUGUACUGUUGACACGUCUUUUUUCCUUCUAUCAACACUUCGAAUAUUCGUGUAAAGUUCGGGCAUUUUGCUAUGGUGCACAACUGAUCUCAAUAUGUUUCCCGGUAACCAGUGAACGGUUUAUAUUUUUAAUUGACAUAUGUAUAACCAGAAAAAAAAAAAAGAAGAUACUGUUUAGUUUUGGAAAUAAACCAAAUCCAUAUUCGAUACGGUUAAGAAAAUUUAUUGCGGCAAGUAAAAUUGUUCAUGCUGUGGUUAUGGUUAUUAUACCAAUAAUCACUUUGAUCAUCCUCAACACCCUUCUGUUAUGGGCUCUACGAAAACGUAAAAAUGGUAUUUUAAAUGGUGAACUGCAGAAGACAAGAUCAACACGUGAUGCACAAAUACAUUAUGCAAAAACUGAACAACGUGUUACACUAACUGUUGCACUAAUUGUUACUGCAUUUACAAUUACCAAUGGUCCAUCAGCAAUGAUGCAGUUUAUCAAAUGGAAAGACCCGCGAUAUCCAACACUGAUUUGCAACACUUUGGUUAUUUUUGGUAAAGCGAUAAACUUUAUACUAUUCUGUUUGUCCAGUAAACAUUUUCGACGACGUCUUAUUGAAAUGUUGGGCAGAGAUGUUUCCAAGCAAAUUAGCAAAUUUUCAUCAAUGGGUAUUGACAGCGGUAUACCGCGAUAUUCCAGUCGUAUCAGUCGAAAAAAACGAUAUUCUGGCAGUACAUUACUCAGAAAAUAG